AUGGCCGGAGUGCCCGAUGCAGAACCUUUGCGCCGUACCUUCACAGUCGUUGGGAUGAGUGGGAAGACCCUAAUAGAAGCAGUGGAAGUGUCGUCCCUCGAUGAGUUGAGGGAGCUCACGGCCACCAAAAUGAGCACGAGUGCAUGCAGGCUCCUAACUGCUGAUGGUCACCCUCUUGCAAAAAUCGACACGGCACCGGAAGGCAGCACCCUGACGGCUGUUGCCAUCUCCACCAGCGGCCUGCUGGAGAUCGUGGGCCUGGUGGGUGACCCGGUCGCCGCAGUGCCGGUUCCGGCGCUGGAAACGAUGGCACUGAAGGUGGCAUCUGUACUGGCGGGCAUUGCAUGCUGGUUUGGUGGACCCGGGCAUUUGUGUGGCCAUCCAUCAAUUCCCUGGCCCUUUGAAGAAACAGUGGCAGCGCCUCCUCAGUUCUCAUCCAAGCAUGGAAAGCCGGGUAUGCAGGUCACUACCAAGACUCCGGUGGUCCACGCCGGGGUGGAGGUGGUUUUCACCGUGCAGGAAGGCUCCUUGGUGCCCAAUGUACUGGAGGACUUCAUCCCGGAAGGGAACCUUGCGGUGCGAGACAUCAUCAAACUCCGGGACAAGCACAACGAAGCAUGCCAGGAAAGGCGUCGCGAGCUGCUGGCCACAAAGCCCGGCACGGAUGUCGUGGAGGCAGAGAUGUCCCUCAAAGAAUAUGGCCUGACUCGCGUGCAUUUUGUGCUGGGGUACAGCCUCGUUAACGAUGAGGACCGGUGGUUCUGA